ACUCUCAAGUGACGCCCAAGCCUAAAUACGGCUGUAAACAGGAAUCGUCCCCACGGGAGUCACGCUGGCUAUAAAUCCAGCAGCAGAGAGGCUUGCUGAGCAGAAGAGAGGCUACAGCUUCCUGCCGGCUGGGGAUGUGCCUGACCCCACCGUCCAGGAGAAAUGGCCACAGAGAAAUCAGUGACUCCUACUGAGGAGCAGCUGGAGAUCCUGGAGUAUAAUUUUUGCAAGGUGAACAAGCAUCCUGAUCCCACCACACUGUGCCUCAUUGCAGCUGAGACCGGACUUUCUGAAGAGCAGACCCUGAAAUGGUUCAAGCAGCGCCUGUCAGAGUGGAGGAAGUCUGAAGGGCUGCCCUCAGAAUGUGGGUCUGUCAGAGACUAGAGGAUGCUGCUCCUGGCCCCAUCCAUCUAUGCUGUAAAUAGUGGUGAAGAUCUUCAGAGUGGGUUUACUUGGGGUUCUCCUGUCACAAAGGGUUCGAAGAUACAAAUUAAUACCCUGAUAUUUAACAUAUUUUUAUUUAUAGAAGAUUAUAUAUAUAUAUAAAAUGUAUGUAUAUGUGUAUACUGCUUCUGAUGGCUGCAUAACUUGUCUAGCAAUUAUCAUUAAUAGCAGCUGCACAGGCCAGGAAAUCUCAUGCCCUUGUCCUGUGCUGAUGGAGAAGCUGCAAUGAAAGGUUCAAGCGCAGGACGGAGGAACAGAGAUUUCUUUAGAUAGCUUUAGUAUAUAGAGAAUCCAGAGAGGCAAUUGGAAAACUCGAUGUCUUGUUCUUGUGAUGUCUUGGUUAGUUUAAGAUGCCCAAGCCAGCUCUGGAUAUUGCCAAGCUAAGCAUCUUUAACAGACUGAGCCAAGAUUCCUUGAAUAUAUGUCUCACAUUUCUGUUAAAGGUCAUUGAAGGGAGAGAACCAGUCUUUUCUUUGUCCAAAGCGUGAAUAAAAAACAAAGAUUUUUGGUGAGAGAA